UCGUGUUCAGACAUGGUGUUGGGAGUCCUGGUCGUAGCCUGUUGUGUGGUGUUCGCUGUGUGGAGACUGGUGAAGCCGAGAUCUGCAACACCUCUCGUGUACUCUGAGAAACUGUUAUCUGAACUAUCUUUAUCAUGCAUUGCGUUGGCGAUAUGGUCCUGGUUGAAACCACGCAGUGUGAAGUCACCGCCGAUGUACCCUGGAUGGCUGCCACUCAUAGGACACGGGUACCAGUUAAUGGGAGACGAGAAACAUUUCUGGAAACGUGAAAAACAAGUUGUCGACUUUUGUUUGCAGAACAAUGAUCUUAUUGAAAUGCGACUCGGAACUCAUUCUUUGUUUGUAUUAACAGACCCAGAGGAUAGUCUAACAGUAGCAAAUAACUGUUUAGAGAAACCAUACAUAUACCAUUACGCUGAUAACGUUUAUGGAAGGGGCCUUCUUACAACAAAAGUCGACAUUUGGAAGACUCAUCGCAAGCUACUUAACCCGGCGUUUAACCCUCAUGUGCUGCAGUCAUUUGUCGGAGAAUACUGCACGCAGGCGAAGCGACUAGUGUCUUCACUCGCCUCGGAGGCAGGGAAGGCCCCUUUUGAUAUUCAGCCAUACUUGAUCCCCAAUGUAUUGACAACUGCAUACAGAACGACAUUUGGAACAAAAGUUGAUGAGAAUAGUGAGACGCUAAAAAUCUAUGAAGAAGCUACAGACAAAAUAUUGAUGCUGAUAUUAGAAAGAACGAAAUAUAUCUGGUUACAUUUACCCUUCAUCUACAAAUUGACGACGUCCGGUAGAGAAUUUGAUAAACGAGCUAAAAUCUUGAAGGACAUAACUGAAUCGGUGAUCGCAAAUCGAAAAUUGCAAUUAAAAGCGGCUAAUCAGUUGGAUAAAUUGGAGGAGUCAACUACAGAAAGCUUUGUGCCUUUAUUGGAUCGAAUGUUGGACCUGGCUGAUAAACAAAAUACCAUCACUGAUGAUGACAUCAAGGAACAUUUGGAUACCAUAGUAGGAGCUGCUUACGAUACCACCGCAACUGCUUUGACGUUCAUUUUGAUUCUGAUUGGAUCACAUCCUGAUAUACAGGAAAAAAUGUAUCAAGAGUUACAAGAAGUACUAGAAGAUGAAGAUAGAGAUAUAAACAAACAUGAUCUGCCAAAGCUCGUGUAUAUGAAAGCAGUGAUAAAAGAGACUUUGAGGUUAUAUCCCCCCGCUCCGAGAUUCGCUCGGACUUCUAAUAUUGAUGUUAAGCUGAAGAACUAUACCCUACCAGCAAAUUCUACUUACAUAGUAUCAUUGUACGGUCUUCAUCGUCAUGCGAUAUGGGGGCCGGACAAGGAUCAGUUCAUACCGGACCGGUGGCUGGAUCCGGCGCGGUUGCCUAAAAAUCCGAACUUUUUCGCCGCAUUUUGUCUGGGCAGACGCAACUGUAUCGGUAGAUUAUAUGGCAUAAUGGCGAUCAAAACCACUCUGUCGUAUAUAUUACGACAUUAUCGUAUUCUCAGUGAUAUUGAGAAGUUGGAAUUGCAAUGUAAUGUCCUUAUAAGGCCAGCCUCUGGUCAUUUUAUAAGUUUGGAGUCAAGAGUGUAAUAACUUAGACGAGGAGGGC